AUGAGUACACCAGAGCCGAGCUCGCCAGAAUCGCUCGAUGGGCCCAGCGUACCGGUAGAUACACCGCAAAGGUCCAAGACCGCCCCGCUUCCCCACAAGUUGGACGAGCCCGGGUCCGAGCCCGAGCAGGAAGGUACCUCGUCAACCGCGCAACCCGCCCAGAGCUUCGCGCUCGGACCAGUGGUCACUACGCCUUCCAAGACCUCACCGGCACCGAGCGUCGCCCCCGACGAGACAUCCAGCGAUAACGCCCUUUCUCUCCGCCUCUCCAAGACUCCUUCCCCGCCCAAACCACCCCCUCUCCCUGCUCUUCGCCGGACGGCGUCGAAUCUCUCCUCUGGCUCAAGUGGUGGCGGUGCAGGAAGGGAGAAGAAGCGAUUGCGGUUCACGCAGAUUUCGCCUGACGGAGAGGAGAGGGAGAAGGAGGAAGGAGAGGAAGAAGGGGUGUUCUUCCCUGGAUCGUCGAGCUAUGAAGAUGCCGAAGCAGGGAGAGGGAAGGGGAAGAGACGGAUCCCGCCUGAUCAGGGGUGGUUGAGGAGUGAUCCGGGAACGCCUAAUCUGGCUGAAACAGCGGACCAGAUCAAGCGUACCCUCUCGCUAGCCCGCUUAGACACGCUUUUACAAGCCAACGAGCGCGAUCGACUACUCGCUGAAGUCUCGCGAGCAGGGUUGGAGCUUGUCUGGCGAAACAAGGACGCGAAGAAGCUGUAUCCUCGGGAUCCUGAACGCGCAGGCAUCCUCGCUCUUAAGCGUGGGCUGAGAUCCUUCUUGCUCGCCUUCUCGGUCAGGGCAGGAGUCAAUGUCCUACUGCUCCUCUUCCGUACCUUACGGAGGAAGGGACUUCGGGUACAACUCAUCCUUCAUGCCAUCUUUGGGGCUGAGCCAUUCCGCUUUGGUGCAACUAUUGGCACAUUCACAUUCCUCAACACCCUCACACUCCACCUACUCCGUCUCGCCCCGCCCCUCUCGUACCUGCGCCGUCGGUUUCGCGCGGGAUUCAACCACAAGCCGUCUUUCGGCCCGCCAGAGCGUGAAGGUGCAGAGGGCGAGAGGAGGUGGCAGGCCGCUGUAGCUGGUGCGGUGGGAAGUUUAGGGUUGUUAUGGGAAACGAAGGCCAGGCGGCGGGGAGUAGCGCAACAGAUGUUCGUCCGUGGUCUCCAAGGGUCGUAUAAUCAAUACGCACCCAAAAUGGGCGUACGGAUACCGCACGGCGACGUCCUCUUGUUCGGCCUGUGCUGUGGGCAAAUCAUGUUUGCUUGGCUGCUCAGCCCAGAGACUAUACCGAGGGAAUACAACAAGUGGAUUCUCAGCGCCUUCAGAGGGCCCGAGUGUGCGGUGCUUGCUAAUAGGACGGCGGUACGGCAGGGGAUCAUCGAGCCUGCGCAUAUCCAAAUGGCGCUGGACCAUAAGCAUGUGACACCUGGGAAUACAGUGAGGCUGAGGCGGUUCUUGGAGAUGGCGAAGGAGGGUCAAGGGUGGAAAGUGCCUGCUACAAUUCCUUGCGAGAUCUUGCACCCUGCAACAGACGGCUGCGUCGAGAACAACUUCAAACGCUUCUUUGAGGUCUUUCGCUUCAUGGUUCCCGCCUACUCAGCUCUCCACCUCAUACCCACCCUAGUCCUCCGACGCCAGUCUCUCCAGCGCGACCCCCUCCGGAUCCUCUUGCGGGUCGUCCUCGGCAUCACCCGCUCUUGCUCCUUCCUCGGCGGCUUUGUCUUCAUCUAUCACGCGCUCUUCUGUCUCCGGAGUCAGACUAUCCUGCAGGGCUGGAGUCCGAAGUGGGCUGAAAGGGGGUUGAGGCGGAAAGAGACAUUCUGGGGAAUUGGUUUCGCGACCUGUGCGAGUUUGUUUUUGGAGGACAAGAAACGCCGAGCCGAACUGGCAAUGUAUGUUCUGCCCCGCGCGCUCGAGUCCGCGUGGUCCACCCUCCGGAAACGCGCCUACGUCCCUAUCGUACCCUUUGGCGAGACGAUCCUGGGCGCGGCGGCGAUGGCGAUGGUCAUGGAUGCGUACAAGCAUCAGCCGGGGGCGUUGAGUGGGAUUGUGAGGAGGUUGAUGUUUCAGUUGGUCGGGCCUGUGUAG